AUGGAUAUACAAGGUAUUACAGUAAACACCCAAUCAUAUGAAUGUCUUUUUGAAACAUGUGGAAACAUGAGAUCUUUAUCAAAAGGAAAGAAAAUUCAUAAAAGAUUAGUCAAGUUUGUGAAAAACCCAUCUGGAUUUGUUUGGAACUCUGUGUUGAAGAUGUACUGUGAAUGUGGGUGUUUUUUAGAUGCUCGCAAACUGUUUGAUGAAAUGCCAAAAAGGAAUUCUUUUUCUUGGAAUAUAAUUAUAUCUAGUUAUGCUCAAAAUGGGUUGUUUAGAGAAGCAUUUGUGUUGUUAUCAGUGAUGGAUCCAGUGGAGAAUAAGUUGGUUUAUGCUAGUUUAAUUCAGGAAAUCUCGCGCCUGGAACUUGGGAAACAAGUACAUUCUGUGGUGAUUAAGAACAGGUUAACUCCUGAUGCUUAUAUCGACACAGCACUUGCCAAUAUGUAUGCUACGUGUGAGUGCUUAGAUAGUUCUGUAGCUGUUUUUGACGGGAUGAGUGAGAAAACUGUUGUGACUUGGACAGGUCUAAUGGCGGGCUAUACACAAGCUGAACAACAUAAAGAAGCUUUGGCUUUGUUCGUUAGGAUGAUGGAGGAAAAUAUUCAGUUGGAUGAAUAUGCAUAUUCAACUGUUCUGAAAGUAUGUUCUUUUCUGAAUGAUUAUGAUGCUGGCAGGCAAAUUCACGGUUGUAUUGUUAAAUAUGGCAUAGACUCAGAUGUUUCAGUCGGGACUCCAUUGUUGGAUUUCUAUGUCAAAUGCGGAAAACUUGAUGAUGCUUGUUUUGCUUUUAAGAGGAUUUAUCAUCCAAAUGAUGUAACUUGGAGUUCCAUCAUCUCUGGGUACUCGCAAUAUGGAAAGUUUGAGGAGUGCAUUGAAAGUUUCAAGAACUUGAGGUGCGAAGCUGAUGUUUUGAAUCCUUUUAUAUAUACUAGUAUCUUUAAAGUGUGUUCAGCACUUGCAGAUUUGAAUUUAGGUAUGCAAGUACACGCUGAUGCAAUAAAGAGGUGUUCAAUCUCUGAAUUAUGUGGCGAGAGUGCUUUGAUCACCAUGUAUUCAAGAUCUGGGAGGUUAGAUGAUGCGCGAAAUGUUUUUGAUUCAGUAGAUGAACCGGAUACUGUGGCCUGGACUGCUAUUAUUUGCGGAUGUUCUUAUCAUGGACAUGCUUCAGAAGCUUUGUUUCUUUUUGGUAAGAUGAGAAGUUCCGGGGUAAGGCCUAAUUCUGUGACGUUUAUAGGAGUUCUCACUGCAUGUAGCCAUUCAGGGUUAGUUUUUGAAGCAAGACAGUAUCUAGACUCUAUGAGAAGUGAAUUUGGUAUUGAUGCCACCAUCGACCAUUAUAACUGUAUGAUUGACAUUUACUCUAGAGCCGGGAAUUUGGAAGAUGCUCUGGAAUUGGUAACUACUAUGCCAUUUGAACCUAAUGUUGCGAGCUGGAAGAGUUUACUGGGGGGAUGUUGGAGACAUGGAAAUGUAGAGAUUGGAAAAAUUGCAUCCAGAAAUCUCCUUCAGCUGGAUCCAGAAGAUACUGCAGGUUACGUUCUCAUGUUUAAUUUGUAUGCUUCGGAAGGGAUAUGGGAAGAGGCAGCCCAAAUCAGAAAGAAAAUGAACGAAAAAAAUCUGAAGAAGGAUGUCAGUUGCAGUUGGCUUACAAUAAAGGGAAAGGUGCAUCGAUUCACUGUGGGGGAUAGACACCAUCCUCAAACAGAAGAGAUCUACUCAAAGCUAGAGAAGUUGAACAGUUCCUGCUUGCACCACAACAGAAGUACUCUUGCAGAUUUAAAUUAUGAUGGGUCAUACCCUUUAUCUGAGCAGAGAAAGGAACAGCUUCUUGAUCACAGUGAGAGGCUCGCAAUUGCAUUCAGCUUAAUUUCUUCUCCUAGAAAUUCCCCUGUAUUGAUCUUCAAAAACCUCCGUGCUUGCCCCGACUGCCAUGAUUUCUCAAAACAGGUUUCCAAGAUUACUGAGCGUGAAAUUGUUAUCAGAGAUUCUAGCAGAUUUCACCAUUUCAAGGAUGGACAGUGUUCAUGCAACGAUUACUGGUGA